GAGAGUUUUUUUUUUUUUUUUUUUUUUGAAGGCAAGUACAGGUCGUACUUUAAGUAGUUCAUUGAAAACCCAGUUGCUCUCUGAGCGGUCGUGUAUAGACUGCUUUCGGCUUUUUUUCUGCUGACUGCUAAGAUCUCCUAUAGAGAGCUGCAACAAUGCCCAAAAGAAAGGCUGCAGAUCAAGGUGAUAUGAAGCAAGAGCCAAAGAGAAGAUCAGCCAGACUGUCUGCUUUGCCUGUGCCCGUUAUACCAGAGUUGAAGUCCAAAAGAACAUCAACUCCAAGGAAAAUGAAGACCAAAAAUGAUAUGAUGGGAAAAGACACAGAUGCAAUUGCCGAAACCAUAGCUGAAACGAAGAAAGAAGUUGUUAAAGAAUACAACAAUGAAACUGCUGAAAAUGGAGGAGCAAAAAUUAUAGAGGCACCAGUUCCUGAAAGAGAAAUAGAGGAAAUAAAAGAAGAAAAAAUUGAAGAUAUCAAAGAAGAAGGAGAAGAAAAG